GUCGUUGUUCCGCUGAUUCCGUGACGGGGCUGUGGUGUGAGUGAGCCGGGCUGCGGGUUCCAUGCUGGCUGCGACGCUGUCGCUCGCUUUCUGAACAUCUCCGGACAAUUAAUUUGAGUUCUGUGGAUGCGCAGAGUCCGCAGGCUACUUCCGGUUCUGUGAAAGCCUCAACAAAGCAGCACGAUGCGAGAUGUUCACCUGAGCAAUGAGACGUGCACAAACGGGUCGGCGGUGAGGUUGUGGUGUGGCUCUCAGUUCACAGUGUGUUUGGUCACUGGAGAAACGCUGAUUAACACACACCUGAGCAAUGGCACACAGACAGAUGUACAGUCAAACAGCACCUACAACCUGUGGCUGGGCCUGACCCUCGCCCUGCUGUCGGCCUUCUUGAUUGGUGGGAGUGUCAUUCUCAAGAAGAAAGCCCUCCUCCGAUUGGCCAACAACGGACACACCAGAGCAGGUGACGGAGGCCAUGGUUACCUGAAGGACUGGCUGUGGUGGGGAGGCCUGUUAACCAUGGGAGCAGGAGAAGUCUGCAACUUCGCUGCCUACAUGUUUGCUCCGGCCACGCUGGUGACUCCGCUGGGCGCCCUGAGUGUCCUCAUCAGUGCAGUUCUGUCCUCCUACCUGCUGGGGGAGGUGUUGAACAUUGUGGGGAAGCUUGGAUGUCUGCUGUGUGUGCUAGGAAGCAUCCUGUUGGUUAUCCACGCCCCACAGGAACAGGAAGUGACAUCACUACGGGAGAUGACCAACAAGCUGCUGGAGCCUGGUUUUCUGGUGUAUGUGGCGUUGGUGUUGGUGCUGUGUGCGGUGCUCGUGCUGUAUUGCUGUCCUCGCUUCGGUCAGUCCAACAUCCUCGUCUACAUCGGCAUCUGCUCGCUGCUCGGCGCGUUCACUGUCUCCUCGGUGAAAGGCCUCGCCAUCGCCAUCAACACAGUGUUUUAUGAUCUUUCCGUCCUUGCUAAUCCUCUCACCUGGAUCCUGUUGGCAACGCUUAUCGUCUCCAUAGUAACACAGGUAAACUACCUGAACAAGUCUCUGGAUAUCUUCAACACCCUGCUGGUUUAUCCCAUCUACUACGUCCUCUUCACCUCCGUGGUUCUAUCCACCUCCAUCAUCCUCUUCCAGGAGUGGAGAAGCAUGUCGACCAUCGACAUCGUUACAACUCUGGGAUCCUUUGUGGUCAUCGUGGUGGGCGUGGCCAUGCUGCACCUUUUCAGAGAGCUGCAGAUGACGAUGAAGGAGCUGACCAUUCAGCUCUCACAGCCAGUGGAGAGGGAGGAGCUUAACCAGCAGGUUGUAACCAAUGGAGGAGGAGGAAGGAGUAAAAAAGAAGACAAGUACGGGCUGAUGGACAACAUAGUGAUUGAGAGCCUUCCCCCAAUGAGAGAGGAGGGACCGAGAGUCUUCAUCAUCAGCUAAGGAAGAGGAGGAGGAGACUCAGGUUCAGACUUCGCUCUGACUGUUACUGUAAUGAUCUGCACUUUAAAGAACGUUCUAAAACGGCCUCCAGUCUGGCGGCGAUCCAGCUCACACUAAACUCACUGUUACUCUUCAGAUUAUCACAAACUUAACGUUUAGAUAAAUAUGAAAGAUCAUUACUGAAAACAGAAGCUGACUUUUAGUCCAUUCCACUCUCUUUGCAUUAGCAGAGUCACUUUAAAUACAAAGAGCCACAAAAUGCAAAAAGAUGCAAAACAGCGGCUGAGAUACAAAAAGCAGUAUAAAUACUGCAGACUGCCCACAGACAUGUGAAAAGUACUCUGAGCAGCUGUUUCUCUGCUGCUUAGUGUUGAGUAAAUGAAGGUCAAUCAAUGAAGUUACUGCAUAUCAGAAACAAUAUUUUUCUGAAUUUACGGUCAAAUUCAGCGUCUGAAAACUUGAAUGGUGCCUUUGUGCAGGCGUUACGGUGGGUGUUGUUGUGAUUUUUGCAGACAAAUCCAUGAAAAGAGGAAAACCGGCCAUCUGUGAGACGCUCCUCGUUUUAAAGCUCAGCGCCCGAGCUGGUCAUCGCUUCUCAGGUGUUUAUGUUGUGGACGUGUGAUCUGACACCAAGCUCUGAAUAAGCGAUGACACACACAGAGCAGGCUGAAGUGUGGCGUGUGAGAGAAUCUGUUUUUAUUAAAUAUGAAACGU